GUUUGGCAAGUUCGCGCGUGCGCUCAGCGCUUUCGAACCUUGUCAUGCCGUCGCCGACGCUUUAAGGAGGUUGCAAAUGGAGGCCACCUCCGGCGUGGAAGAGGAACCAAAACUCAGACAUGUCGAGAAGGAUGUUUUGAUUCCCAAAAUUAUGAGAGAGAAGGCCAAAGAACUGUGUUCUGAAAAAGUGCAAGCCUUUACCAAAUGCUGUCAAGACUCGGGCAUUCUGAUGGUGGUAAAAUGCAGAGAGGAAAAUGCAGCACUAAAGGAAUGUCUCACCGCCCACUAUACCAAUCCAGCAUUUUAUGAAGAAUGCAAGGCUGACUAUUUAAAGCAAAGGGAAGCUUUCAGAGCAACAGGAAUUCGUCCUAAUCAGAAAGAACAGAGAGUUCCUACCAAGCAUCAAAAUCAGAAUACUGCAUCAAUUCAGAAGUGUUGACAUGAGACAUUUUUAAUCUGCAGCAUUCUUAGAAAUUACUGUAAGAAUCAUAACAUAACAACCUGCUUUGUGUUACACAUUGUCAAUAACAGACAUUGAAAAGCUGUUUCUUCCAUAGUUUCCUACCUGAAUUAGGCAAGCUUCUCUUUCCUUAGCAGGAGCUCAUUUCUCUUAUGUAAAUAUGCUUCUUUGUAUAACUUAUUAACAUGCUAACUCUGGCAAGACUAAGCCCCGGGCAAAUGCAGUAGAAAAUUAGCUGUGACAUGCAACUUUUGUGUAACUUUACCUUAGAAGAAAUCCCAUAUUAAGUUGAAGGGCACCUUAAGGUAGAAGCGACAGAAUUCUGGUAUUUUCUCCUUAAAGGGGAAACUGAAAAACUUGUUUUUAUAUUUAGAUGGGGUUACCAGACUAAGGAUCAAGUGGCCCUGCUCCCUCCUUUACUUAAUUGAAAAAGUGGAAGGUAUUCCUCAGAUUUUGGCCUAUGACCCUCACCUCAGUGAGCUUGAAUCUAAGUUAUUCCGGCAGGAAUUCUUUUGAAUACAGAAAGCUCGCGCCUAUAGAAAACUGAACAGAAUGUUCUAGUCUGGCCAUCUCCCUGAGAAGUGCUUGAGGUUUUUUGUGUUUUUUGCUUGCCUGUUUUGGAGGAGCAUUCAAACAGUUGAGCCUCUACUUGUAGACCUAGCUAAUACCUGUCUCUUACUGCACUUAGUCUGCCUCAUUGUUCUGUCCCUCUUUUUAUAAGAGAAAUGUAAUAAAUACUGUUGCUAUGACUGAGUAGGCUGUAGCUGUUGACUUUGCUUGGUAAGCACUGCUUCAAAUUGACCUAGCACAGUUCUAUAGAAGCCACACAGUUGCAGGGCUGAAAUAAACCCUUUCUUCCUGAUGGAGUCUUCUUAACCAUAAAAAAGGUCACGAACCGCUCUAUAGAACAAUGAGAUACAUGCAAAUAUACCAUUUAAGACAAUCCUACAUGAUGGGAGCACUGCAUCCCUUUGCAUAGCUGCCCGAGAGAAUUUCAGCUAUACAUUAUUUGUAGUCCUUUCCUGCCUCCUCGUGGAAACAUCUAAAGCCUGGUCUAGCACAAAAUUUGGGGUGGAAGAAUAGCAUGAGCACACACUUCCUUUUGUGUUGCUCAACUUCAGAGACAGCUGAUGGACUCAGUCUACUUUUGCCACUGCCAGCUAGCCACUGCAUUAUCAAGUCUGAAAAUCUCUCCAUUCUGAAGUGCUGGGGAAAUAAAUGCUUUGUGUGGUCUAGUACUGGUGAGGAUCACAGCUAGAGAUGGGCACGAACCGGCAGUUCAUCAGAGCCCAUUUCUGACGAACCACCACGAACUUUAGGCUGGUCCGUUUGGUUUGUCACUGCAGAUAGCCUGGCGCCGAUCAAUCAGUUUCCUAGGCAACAGAGGAUGGACUUUCUGCAGACCCUCUGCUGACCUGGAAGUGGCCUUCUGAUGCCUCAGAAGUGACAAUUUGCUGACCUGAAUGGGACGUUUUCACAAACUAAAUGAACCGGUUGAAAGUUGGUGGUUCAUGAAAUGCGAUGAACCAUGAACCGCCCAGUUUCAUUUUUUUUCCCGGUUUGUGCCCAUCUCUAAUCACAGCUCAUACUGAGGGCGAGGAGGAAGCGGAAAGGUAGAAAGAGCUAUGACGGGUUGGAGAAAUGAUAGCAUGGUGUGAUUCCUUUUUUUUCUGUCUGGGGGUGUGCGUCAUAAUAGAAGCAAAUAUUAAACAAAAGUUAUUUUCUGCAGUUAGUAUAGCAACAUUGCCCUCUUGAUUUUGGCUGUGCUCCACACUAUAAAAUUAAUAGAUGAAAUAAAAGAAAUUCCUUACCUAAUCGGUAUUCUUCAUACCUUCAGUUGAAACUGAAGCAGUACGCUUUAUUAAAGCAGUACGCUUUAUUAUUCCUAACUAAAUGUAUGUAUUGCCGUUCAACUAUUCUUUCAGUGUUUUUGACAUAAAUAGUACCAUAUGCAACAAG